GCCAAAGACGACGACGAAGCCUUGGCCGUUGUCCCCAGUGUCUCUAGCUUAGCCAGAGGCUCCUUCUCGGCCAUGGAAACCCAUCGGGAGUGAUCUGUGGAGGAGCAUCUGGACCCACAUUUUUGGGGGGUUCCAGAAGGCGACGAAAGUUGGUAAACAAAUUUGAUUAACCUCUUCUCAUCUGCGUGUGAAGAAAGAUUGUAUAGGGCAAUGAAGUCACUGCAGCAGUAAGUCCAGGAAGAUGAGAUCCCUCACUGAAUUCCUUCAGCUGCUGAUUCUGCUGGAAAUGGGACAGAGAGGUCAAAGCACAGAGAUGUGCCCUUCUUCAUGUGACUGCUCCGAGUGGGAUCACUACAAAAUUACCUGCAGGGAAAUGCAUUUCAUCCCCAGCCUCCCCCAAGACACCCAGAUUUUGCGUUUCACAGACUGGAGGGUGAAUGAACCCCCUAGCCAAGGCUUCAUCCAAUCUCCUAACAUCUCCAGGAUGAACUAUAUCAGCAUAGAUGCAGUGCUACAGGUGCUGAAGGCAUCUUCUUUCAACAGUUUAAACAAAGUAACACAUAUAGAAAUCCGAAAUGCUAGAAACCUAAGGUACAUACACCCUGAAGCCUUUAUGAAUCUCCCAUUACUAAAAUAUCUUGUGAUCAUGAACACUGGACUUGGAGUUUUUCCUGACCUCACGAAAAUUGCAUCAACAGAUAGGAACUUUUUACUUGAAAUUGCCGAUAAUCCAUCCAUGAGUUCAGUACCUGCAAAUGCAUUCCAGGGGCUAUGCAACGAAUCUCUUAUACUAAAACUCUACAAUAAUGGUUUCACCAAGAUAGAAGCCUAUGCCUUCAAUGGAACAAAGUUAGAUUCUGUAUCCCUGAAUAAGAACAAAUAUCUAAGUGUUAUUCAUGAAGAUGCAUUUAUGGGUGUGCAGAGUGGUCCAAGUCUACUCGAUGUCUCCCAGACAGGUAUAACUACACUUCCAGCAAGAGGAUUGGAAAACCUUAAAGAACUGGUUGCUCAAAAUGCCUGGACUCUUAAGAAAUUCCCCCCAAUAAAGACUUUUCCUUAUCUGACAAAUGCUGCUCUAUCAUACCCAAGUCACUGCUGUGCUUUCAAGAACUGGAAGAAAUCCAAGGGAAUUCUGGAAUCUUUACUUUGCAAUCAAACUAACCAUUCCAACUUCCGCAAGAGAAGAUCUGCUAGUGUCUUCAAGGGUCCUCUUUACCAAGAUUAUGCAGAAGAUUAUUUAGAUGAGAGUUAUACUGUAUAUGAUGAACACUCCAAAUUUAGAGAUGUCCAUGGAAAUUCCCAUUAUUAUGUCUUUUUUGAAGAGCAUGACAAUGGCUUUGGCCAAGAGCUCAAGAACCCCCAAGAAGAGAAUAUUGCAAUGUUUGAUAACCAUUAUGAAUACAUUCUAUGUACAGGUACCGAUGACAUUAGUUGUACUCCUGAGCCUGAUGAGUUCAAUCCCUGUGAAGAUGUAAUGGGCUACCAAUUUCUAAGGAUUGUGGUAUGGUUUGUGAACUUGCUGGCCAUUGUAGGCAAUGCUUUUGUUCUCUUUAUUCUACUCACAAGUCAUUACAAGUUGACAGUCCCACGAUUCUUGAUGUGUAAUUUAGCCUUUGCUGAUUUCUGCAUGGGAUUAUAUCUUCUCCUGAUUGCCUCAGUGGAUCUUUACACCAGAUCAGAGUACUACAACCAUGCCAUUGAUUGGCAAACUGGGCCUGGUUGUAGUACAGCCGGCUUUUUCACUGUCUUUGCCAGUGAAUUGUCUGUCUUCACCUUGACUGCAAUCACUCUAGAGCGUUGGUAUGCUAUCACCUUUGCCAUGCGCUUGGACAAGAAAAUUCAUCUCUGGCAUGCUUCUGUUAUCAUGCUGGGUGGUUGGCUGGUAUGUUUCCUUCUUGCCCUUUUACCAUUGGUUGGAGUCAGUAGCUAUGGAAAAGUCAGUAUCUGUCUUCCUAUGGACACUGAAACACCUUUGGAUCAAGCCUACAUUAUAUUUGUUUUAUUGCUGAACAUCAUUGCUUUCAUCAUCAUUUGUGCCUGUUAUAUAAAAAUCUAUAUUACUGUCCGGAACCCUCAGUACAAGUCAGGGGACAAAGAUACCAUCAUUGCCAAAAGGAUGGCUGUGCUGAUUUUUACUGACUUCUUAUGUAUGGCACCAAUCUCAUUCUAUGCCUUAUCUGCUAUUAUGAACAAACCCCUGAUAACCGUCAGUAACUCAAAAAUCCUGCUUGUCUUGUUUUAUCCACUCAAUUCCUGUGCCAACCCAUUCCUUUAUGCUUUUUUUACCAAAGCUUUCCAAAGGGAUGUCUUCAUCUUGCUAAGCAAGUUUGGAUUAUGUGAACACCAAGCUCAAGUCUAUAGGGGCCAAACAGUCUCCCCCAAAAAUAGCAGUGGGUCCUAUAAUCUAAAGGGCAGUCAUGGGAAGGGUAAGAAUCUCACAAAUCUUCAAAACCAUCCUUGUGCCUCAUCUGAAAAUUACUAUCCAGCAAUUAUGCUGCAUAGUCAGGGGACCAUGGAAGACAGUAAGAUGACUGUAUUGUAG